CGCUCAAUCAUCAGAGAAAAAUUAUUCAUUCGUUCACCAAAUUCCAAGUGAGAUAGAUGGAACCUAGUGGUUUAUUUAACUGUGCCAUCAGAUUAAAAGAGCCUAGUGAAGCGUGGAUUAUUAAUAAUGAAUGUGAAAUGAUCGAAGAAAAACCAGAUCUUAAAAACUUCCAACCUUUACCAUUUUCGCCAGAAAAUGCCACCGAUACGCUUCAAAAAUGUGACGUAAAUCAUAAAAGUGAAAUCUACAACGACGUGAAAAUAGUAUUUGAAUGUGAAGAUGUGAAGCCUAGAAAGGAUUUAUUAGUAGCUAAAAAAGUUGAUGAUGAUUUUGAAUAUCAUUUGCAGAAUGUACAACAUGAUGAUGGUUAUAAAACUCAAAACACAAUUAAAAUGGAACUCGUGGAGGAAGUGAAGCAGGAAUUUGUUGGUAACGUAGUAGAAGAAUUGAGUUUGAAUUUCAACAGUGAACUGAACAAGCAAAAUCGUAGGAGAAAAACCACAAAAAAGUGUAACAACGAACAUAACCUCAAAACGCACAAUGGUACUGUACAUAAUCAUACGAUCCGCGAUGGAGAGAAAUGUGCAAACAGUAGUAAUCUGAGUAGCCACGUCAAAGAAUUACAUCAUUGCAUUACUCACGCAUGUCCUAUAUGCGGCAAGACAUUUUCACAAAAAAGUAUUCUGAAAAUCCACAUUGAUACAGUGCACAAAGGUGUCAAACAUGUAUGUGAUACGUGUGGAAAGUCAUUCACACAAAAAGGCUCUCUCAAAAUCCACAUCGAUACAGUACACAAAGGUGACAAAUAUGCAUGUGAUGUAUGUGGAAAGACAUUCACACAAAAAAGUAGUCUCAGGACCCACGUCGAUACGGUGCAUAUAGGUACUAAACAUGCAUGUGAUGUGUGUGAAAAGAAAUUCUCAUAUAAGAAAAAUCUCAAAGAACACAUUGAUAUGGUGCACAAAGGUGUAAAACAUGCAUGUGAUGCGUGUGAAAUGAAAUUCUCGUACAAGAGUGUUCUAAAAAAUCAUAUUGAUACAAUGCACAAAGGUGUCAAACAUGCAUGUGAUGUGUGUAAUAAGUCAUUCACACUAAAUAGCAAUCUCAAAACCCACAUCGGUACAGUGCACAAAGGUGUCAAACAUGUAUGUGAUAUGUGUGGAAAGUCAUUCACCCAAACAAGCCAUCUCAAAACCCACAUCGGUACAGUGCACAAAGGUGUCAAACAUGUAUGUGAUAUGUGUGGAAAGUCAUUCACCCAAACAAGCCAUCUCAAAAUCCACAUCGAUGCGGUGCACAAGGAUGUCAAACAUGCAUGUGAUGCGUGUGCAAUGAAAUUCUCGUACAAGAGCAGUCUAAAAACCCACAUCGAUGAAGUUCACAAUGGUGUAUCUCAUGAAGCGCAAGCUCAAGUAACUGAUCUCAAUGAAGUUGAGAACACAAGUGUGCUAAAAACACUGUUGCAGACUCUCACUGAUUGCGUAGAAAAUGUAAACUCUUAUUUUACAUGUAAAUGGGGCUAUUGCAUAUAUCUUGGGCGUGAACAAAUGUUUGCUGAACGUUUUGGAUUUUAA